CUCCCGGGUGUGGUGGUCGCUCCAGCUCUCCGCUCUCCCAGCUCAGCGCCGCCGCCCGGCCCCUCUAGCUUCCCGAACCAUGGCCAACCUCGAGCGCACCUUCAUCGCCAUCAAGCCGGACGGCGUGCAGCGCGGCCUGGUGGGCGAGAUCAUCAAGCGCUUCGAGCAGAAGGGGUUCCGCCUCGUGGCCAUGAAGUUCCUCCGGGCCUCUGAAGAACACCUGAAGCAGCACUACGUUGACCUGAAAGACCGCCCAUUCUUCCCUGGGCUGGUGAAGUACAUGAACUCAGGGCCGGUCGUGGCCAUGGUCUGGGAGGGGCUGAACGUGGUGAAGACAGGCCGAGUGAUGCUUGGGGAGACCAAUCCAGCAGAUUCUAAGCCAGGCACCAUUCGUGGGGACUUCUGCAUUCAGGUUGGCAGGAACAUCAUUCAUGGCAGUGAUUCAGUAAAAAGUGCUGAAAAAGAAAUCAGCCUAUGGUUUAAGCCUGAAGAACUGGUUGACUACAAGUCUUGUGCUCAUGACUGGGUCUAUGAAUAAGAGGUGGACACAGCAGCAGUUUCCUUCAGCACGGCGUGGUGUGUCCCUGGACACAGCUCUUCAUUCCACUGACUUAGAGGCAACAGGAUUGAUCAUUCUUUUAUAGAGCAUAUUUGCCAAUAAAGCUUUUGGAAGCUGGAAAAAAAAAAAAAAAAAAAAA